AUGCGGGUUUCCAGUUCCGUCCUCUUUUUGGCUGCGGCCUCAACCGUCGUCGCCGACCUCACCAAGGUCAAAAAGGCCUCGACCUACCAAGAAGCAAUAGACCGCCGGCCAGACAGCUUCUGGGACCACAUUGUCAAGGGCGCCGAGAUCCAGGACGCCAGCACGAAACCAGGCGCUCACAAGAGACUGGACGGCGAGCUGGCCAACUACCAACUGAGAGUUCGACAGGCCGACCCUGCGGCGCUGGGUGUCGACAAAGUCAAGCAGCUCAGUGGCUAUCUCGACGAAGAACAGGAGGACAAGCACCUGUUUUACUGGUUUUUCGAAUCCAGAAACGAUCCCGCCAAGGACCCCGUGGUUCUCUGGCUCAACGGCGGCCCGGGAUGCUCCUCCUUCAUUGGCCUCUUUGAAGAGCUUGGCCCUGCCACUAUCCCAAACGAGGACUUGGUUCCCGUGGAUAACCCAUACUCUUGGAACUCGAAUGCCUCCGUCAUCUUCAUCGACCAGCCCGUCAACGUGGGCUACUCUUACGGCACCAAGAUCACGGGAAGCUCCCAAGCCGCAGCCAAGGACAUUUACGCCAUGCUCACGCUCUUCUUCCACCAAUUCCCUGAGUACGCCGAGCGCGACUUUUUCGUCACGGGCGAGUCCUACGCGGGGCACUACAUCCCCGCCAUUGGCGCCGAGCUGCUCUCCCACAACAACAGCAACAUCAACCUCAAGGGCCUGGCUAUUGGGAACGGUCUUACCGAUCCCUACAUUCAGUACCUGUACUACCGGCCCACGGCUUGCGGCCAAGGCGGUUAUCCCGCCGUCCUGUCUCAGAGCGACUGCCAGGCCAUGGAGAACGCCGAGCCCGAGUGUCAGCGGCAGAUUGGUGUAUGCUACAACGACCCGAGCGCAAGAGUCUGCAGGCAAGCGACAAACUACUGCAACAACUUUCUGUUGGGCAUCUACCAGAGCGGCACCAACAACAGCGUCUACGACAUUACGUCUCCCAUCGGCACCGGCAAGACGAGCUACGCCUCGCAAUUCCUCAGCUCGACCAAGACCAAGCAGGCGCUGGGAGUCGAGGCCAGCCGCGCAUACGAGGAGUGCAACUUUGACGUCUACAACGAUUUUGUCAACAACGGCGACUGGAUGACGCCUGCCCACCGAGUUGUACCCGGUAUCCUGGAGAAGAUUCCGGUUCUGAUUUAUGCGGGCGACAUCGACUACAUCUGCAACUGGCUGGGGAAUGAGGCCUGGACGCUGGCGCUGGAAUGGCCUGGAAAGAGUGCGCUCAACGCCGCCAGGUCUCAGGAGCUUCAUGCCAAGUCGGGCAAGAAUUACGGAAACGUCAGGGCUGCACAGGGCCUGUCGUUGAUGCAGAUAUACAAAGCCGGCCACGAAGUCCCGCAGUACGAGGGCGAGGGCUCGCUUGAUUUUCUGAAUAGGUUUAUGGGGGGAGAGUGGUCAAAGUAG